AUGACGGAACGCGAUAAUCGAGAACCGCAGAAACCGAGUCUCAAGAAGAUAUUGGAAGCAUGGAUUGAGAAGCAAAUCCAUACCCGAGAUGAAUUCGGGAACUCUCUUGCCGGUGUAUCUGAGCCUGUUCUUCGAAAAGGCAUCGACACUCUCUGCCGAGACCUCCCUUCUCUCGAACGCGACGAAGUCGAGCGGGCGGCAGAGGUAGCUAAGAAUGGAAACUACUACUACCGUCUCUCCAAAGGCUUAAUCACCAAUCUCUCGCCCGUCGUUGAGCUCACUCAAGACGAGAAAGAAAGCCUUGUAGCAGAGCGCGAGCGCCUCUUCAGCCAGCGCGGAAUGCUCAUCAUCAUAUGUACAGUCUCGCUUGCAGCGUUCCUCCAAGGCCACGUUCAAUCAUCCAUCAACGCUAUGAGUCUCUUUGUUGAGACCGUUGGUAUCGAUAUACAAAGGCAGGACGACACACAGAGUAAUGGAGCCGAUUCCACGGCUCAAUGGCAACUUGGAGGGAUGAACGCGAUUCCCUUCCUCACGGCUGCUUUUCCCGGUGCACCACUGUCACUACCGGUUAAUUACUGCCUUGGAAGACGUGGUGCCCUCGGGCUUUCGGCUCUACUUAUCAUUGCGAGCUCAAUCGGGUCGGCUUUUGCGGUGACAUGGCAGCAGAUAUUGGGGGCCAGGAUUGUUGGAGGACCAUGGGGAUCAAGGCUGUCAGUGCUCCUAUUCUGGCAUCUGAGACAGCAGUUGGAUAUUGGCGUGGAUCAACUAUCCUCGCCUGGCAACUCUGGCAAGGUCGCUUGUGGUAUCAUGAUCGGUUUCGUGAUCAACUUUGUCAUUGCUGCCGCGACUAACACUCUAGAUGGUCAACCUAACGCUGGUCUCAACGAGCGCGGAGGUCGAUAUCACACUUUACAGUGGAUUGCUGCUGCACCUGUUGUGCCAUCUGUCCUAUUGUUUAUUGCAGUCUGCUUCUGUUACGAGAGUCCCAGAUUCUAUAUGCGGCCGGGUACGCCUAGUUAUAACCUUGAUCGUGCUUUCAGAAACCUCCUUCAAGUUCGACCGACCAGGCUCCAAGCCACUCGUGAUUUGUUUCUGAUCUGGUGGUCUACUCGCGAUGGGGAUAUCCACCAGGACCAUCGUGAGAAGAGUCGCCACGAAAUUGCACACCAUGCCGAAUACCAGAACGGUGUCAACACUAACAAUGAGGACAGGACAAGCCGAACGCUUACUUUUGGUUUGACAUACGCAUCCCUUAUUGUACUUGUCACAAGACUCUCUGUUGAUCAGUUCAAGCCGUUGUUCACCAGACGAAGACUUCGAAAUGCGCUCUGGAGCAGUUGUAUUGUUGCACUAUCGCAGCAACUUUGCGGGAUCAAUGUGUUUGCAUUCUACUCGAACGGCAUGUUCAGCGACUACGGUGUCAAGACUAGCAUGGGUUACAGCUUUGGCUUCGGUGGCGUCAACUUUUUCUUUGGCAUACUUGCAAUGAGGUCCAUUGAUAUCAUCGGCCGACGCAGCUGGUUAUUAUCAACGCUCCCAAUGAUGAGCAUGUUUCUCAUGGCAGCUACGAUUUCUUAUGCAGUGGCACCUCAGGUUGAUUCCGGAGACCAGCCGAAGCCCAAAGCAGAUACAGGCGGAUCAAUCGCUGGAAUUAUCUUCAUCUAUCUUUUCGCCGCGGCGUACAGUCCUGGUCUUGGACCAAUUCCAUUCACUCUGGCAUCAGAAAGUUUCCCACUGAAGAACAGAGAGGCGGGCGCAUCUGUCGCAAUUUCCAUCAACCUCUUCUUCGCUGGCCUCUUGACUAUUCUCCUGCCUCGAAUCAACGCCGUGUUCGAAAUGGCUGGCACACUCGGUUUCUUCGCAGGUCUCAACAUCGUGGCAUUCGUGCUCAUCUUUUUCUUUGCUGAAGAGACGAAACAGCUCACACUCGAAGAAUUAGAUACAGUGUUCAACAAUCCAAAGAGUCGAUUCGCGCAUUAUCAGCUGACCAAGCGGCUUCCGUUCCUGUCCAAGAGGUAUCUGCUCUGGAAAAAGGAUGCCGAGAGACCACUAGCUUAUGAUGAGUGGGCAGUGGAGGAUGGACAGCGAGGGUGAU